GUGGCGUCCCUUUAUGACGAGCGCAGCAGCAACAAAGGUUGAUAAAAAAUGGCUGCGGGGUGCGCUUGGUUCCUGGUGUUGGGAUCUGUCUUUUUGUGCAAUCUCUUCAAAACACUCUUGCCGACUAUUUCCUCUUUCCUAUUGAAGGUCCUUCAGAAAGAUGCUGAGCAGGAGAGGGAUAUGCGGGCUGAGAUCCAGGAGAUGAAGAAGGAGCACAACUCCGUUAGCAUGAUGGAUGAGUUUGCCAGAUACGCCAGACUAGAGCGCAAAAUCAACAAGAUGACUGACAAGCUGAAGACACAUGUCAAGUCUAGAACUGCUCAACAAGCCAAAAUGAAAUGGAUGGUGAAUAUAGGUUUUUACAUCCUCCAGGCUGCUCUGAUGAUCUCCCUGAUUUGGAAGUAUUAUGCUGACCCAGUGACUGUUGUACCCAGUAAGUGGAUUGCCCCCCUGGAGCAGCUGGUGGCAUUCCCAUCUGGAGUAGCAGGUGGUGUUGGAAUCACAUGCUGGCUGGUGGUGUGCAACAAAGUGGCGUCUAUUGGUCUACAUGCAAUUAGCUAAGGAAUGGGAUCUUUUAUUAAUGUCUUAUUUAUUCCCCAAAUGCUCUGAGAAUGAAGUCAGGCAUUGUUAGUCAGCACUUUGAUAUUAAAGUGUAAAUUGGUACUGUUGGUAAGCACUUUUACAAAGCACCCCAUAUUCAAACAUUGCCUUUACAUUGCCAAUGUUAUUGCACAUAUUUUAGUGUCUCUUAUGUUGGCUUCGGAAUCGGAUGUUACACUACAUGGCCAAAAGUAUGUAGACACACCUUCAAAUUAGUGGAUUUGUCUAUUUCAGCCACACGUUGCUGACAGGUGUAUAAAAUACAGCACACAGCCAUGCAAUCUCCAUAGACAAACAUUGGCAGUAGAAUGGCCCAUACUGAAGAACUCAGUGACUUUCAAUGUGGCACUGUCAUAGGAUGCCACCUUUCCAACAAGUCAGUUCGUCAAAUGUCUGCCCUGCUAGAGCUGCCGCGAUCAACUGUAAGUGCUGUUAUUGUGAAGUGGAAACGUGUAGGAGCAACAAUGGCUCAGCUGCGACGUGGUAGGCCACACAAGAUCACAGAACGGAACCUCUGAAGCGCAUAGUGCAUAGGAAUUGUCUGUCCUCCGUUGCAACACUCACUAUCGAGUUCCAAACUGCCUCUGGAAGCAACGUCAGCACAAGAACUGUUCGUCGGGAGCUUCAUGAAAUGGGUUUCAAUGGCCAAGCAGCCGCACACAAGCCUAAGAUCACCAUGUGCAAUGCCAAGUGUCGGCUGGAGUGGUGUAAAGGUCUCCGCCAUUGGACUCUGGAACAGUGGAAACGUGUUCACUGGAGUGAUGAAUCAUCAUCUGGCAGUCCGACGAACAAAUCUGGGUUUGACGGAUGCCAGGAAAACGCUACCUCCCUGAAUGCAUAGUGCCAAAUUUAAAGUUUGGCGGAGAUAGAAUAAUGGUCUGGGGCUGUUUUUCAUGGUUUGGGCUAGGCACCUUAGUUCCAGUAAAGGGAAAUCUUAACGCUUACAGCUUACAGUGUCCACAUACUUAUGGAAAUCUAGUGUAUUUCACAAAUUGCUUCACUGCGUAAUGAUUGUAUGAGCAUGUUUAAUGACCGUUUUAAAUCUAAUUUCAACUGAUUGAAAUUAGUUGAGCAAGUGUUGCAAUUGUUUCAUGUUGUUAUGUAAUUUUGUUCAUGUUAAUUGUAGGCAUGGUCUGUAGCACAUUUUCAUUUGUUGAAUGAAACCUGAACUAAUAUUACAAAGUUUACUGUUUGGAUUUUGGAAGUGUUGAGAAGUAUGCAUAAGAAUUAUGCAUACUUCAACACAAUAAAGAAUUUGAAAACUGAA